GCAUGAUGGCUCCUCCCACCUGACCUGCCCAACACACACAGGAAGAGAGAGAGAGAAAGCGGAAAACUUCAGCUGAUCUGCUCAUGGCUGUUCUUUGAAUCCGAAGUCUUUACCAUGAAGCACAAGGACUUUAUAUCAAUCGUCGGCGGUAUUAAUGACAGCUCUAUAGAUUGACAGCUGAGAUUGAUAGGUUUAGAGACUUAACGCGUGGUUGGUUUAUUCGAGAUCGAGACAAACUUGCGCCAAAACACGCGCACGGACUCAAGAGACAUUUGCGCCGAGAUCAGCGCGUUAUCAUCGGGGCGCGUAGAAAAGCAUCCGUGUUAAAGAACGCAUCUGUGAUCUGGGCUUCAAGAUUCAGGGUUCAAACUUCCCUCCUUUUCCUUUGUGCCGGAGGACGAGCACAGGCCGGCGGCGCGCGGCAACAGCAGGCCGCGGGUUAAGACGCCCUGAGAGGCAGACAGAGCCCGCGAGUGUGUGAGGAUAAAGCACUGCACUUUUGGGGAACAUACGUUUUUUAAUUGAACAACAAUGGAUCCAAACUCAGCAUCAGCUGGUGCUCCCAAAAGUGGGAAAGACAAGGAGAAGAAAAGCAAGAAGAACUAUGAAGAAGGAGACGGAAAGAAGAAGUUUACUCUGAAACGACUGAUUCCUGAUGAGCUGGAGCGCUUCACCAGUAUGCGGACGAAGAAGGAGAAGUCGGUCACGACAGCGCAAAGACACUCGUCGGCUGCCCAGUAUGAGGUUCCGUCUCAAUCCUCGUCACUGAACGAGCUGUCGGACGACAAUGUGCUGGAGCUGUUUGAGCAGAUGCUGGUGGAUAUGAAUCUGAAUGAGGAGAAGCAGCGGCCGCUGAGACAGAAGGAUAUCAUCAUCAAGAGAGAGAUGGUGUCUCAGUAUCUGCACACCUCCAAUGCUGGUAAGAGUCAGAAGGAGAGUUCGAAGUCGGCGCUGGUGUACAUCCAGGAACUGAAGACCGAUCUGAGAGACACACAGUUACUGAGCUGCCUGGAGUCACUGCGGGUGUCAUUAAACAACAACCCUGUCAGUUGGGUGCAGACGUUUGGAGCCGAGGGUUUGGCUUUGCUUCUGACGUUCCUCAAGAAACUUCAAGAUGACGAAGAACCCUUGAAUGCUGGGAUCGGUGUUAAAUGUCAACAUGAGAUCAUUCGAUGUCUCAAAGCGUUCAUGAACAACAAGCACGGUCUUAAAGCCAUGCUGACGUCAGCAGAGGGAAUCCCGCUCCUCGUUCGAUCCAUCAAUCCAAAUGUCCCGCACAUGAUGGUAGAUGUUGUCAAACUGCUUUCUGCCAUCUGUAUCCUGGAGCAUCCAGGCAACACUCAUGAGCGUGUUCUGGAGUGCAUUACUGAACAGGCUGAAGAGCACGAGAUCGAGAGGUUCCAGCCGCUGCUGUCUGGCAUGCAUAAAAACUCCAUUACUCUCAAGGCGGGCUGUAUGCAGCUGAUCAACGCUCUCAUCAGUCGCGUGGAGGAACUGGACUUCAGGAUCCAUCUGAGAUCAGAGCUCAUGAGACUAGGACUCAAAGACGUGCUGAAGGAAGUGAAGUCGAUAGAGAACGAGGAUAUCAAGGUUCAGUUGCAGGUGUUUGAAGAGCAGGCUGAUGAAGACUCUGAAGACCUUCGCUCGCGGUUGGACGAUGUCCGUAUUGAGAUGGAUGAUAUGACUGAAGUCUUCCAGAUCUUGAUGAACACAGUGAAGGACUCUAAAGCUGAACCUCUCUUCCUGUCGCUGCUCCAGCACCUGCUACUGGUGCGAAACGACUACAUGUCCAGGCCUCAGUACUACAAACUCAUCGAUGAGUGUACGGCUCAGAUCGUUCUGCACAGGAACGGCUGUGAUCCUGAUUUCAAAUGCAGGAAGUUUGACCUGGACGUGAGUUAUCUGAUUGAUAACAUGGUCGAUCAGAACAAAGUGGAAAUCAGUGAAGCCAAGGCCACAGAGCUGGAAAAGAAGCUGGAUGCAGAGUUGACGGCCCGUCACGAGCUGCAGGUGGAGCUGAAGAAGAUGGAGGCCGAUUACGAGCAGAAGGUUCUGGAGCUCAGUGCUGAGAAAGACACGCUGGGGCAGGAGAAGAGUGAGAGAGAGAAAGAGAACCAGGGCCUGCUGUCAGAGAUCAACCAACUGAAAGAGAAGAUUGAGAAGCUUUCAAAAGAUCUCAAAGAAGCCAAAGCAAAGGUCAUCACCGUGCACGUGCCUGUGGCUCCACCCCCCGGCCCAUCAUCUUCCACGGUGCCACCCCCACCUCGUCCAGGUGAAGCCAGCCUCCCCUACACUGGUCCUCCUCCUCCACCUCCUCCUCCUCCUCUACCCGGACAGACAUCCAUGCCACCACCGCCGCCGCCUCCUCCUCUACCUGGGGCAGCCUGUAUGCCUCCACCCCCUCCACCUCCUCCUUUACCGGGAGCACCUGGCAUGCCUCCACCACCACCGCCUCCACCUCUACCUGGGGCAGCCUGUAUGCCGCCACCCCCGCCGCCUUUACCGGGCGCACCUGGUAUGCCGCCUCCUCCCCCUCCUCCACCUGGGAUGCCCGGUAUGCCUCCUCCACCUCCUCCAAUGGGCGGUCCUGGAAUGCCUCCGCCCCCUCCAGGCGGGUUUGGUGGAUGGGCGCCUCCUGUUCCUCAGCUACCCUUUGGCCUGCAGCCCAAAAAAGACUACAAACCUGAGGUGCAGCUGAAGAGAGCCAACUGGAGCAAGAUCUCACCGGAGGAUCUGUCUGAAAACAGUUUCUGGGUGAAGGCGAAGGAGGAUCGCUAUGAGAACAAGGAGCUGUUUGCCAAACUCACACUGACCUUCUCCACACAAACCAAGACCUCUAAAGUUAAGAAGGAUCAAGAGGGAUCUGAAGAGAAGAAGAAUGCUCAAAAGAAGAAGGUGAAGGAGCUGAAAGUGCUCGACUCCAAAACAUCCCAGAAUCUCUCUAUAUUCUUGGGUUCAAACAGACUGCCUUAUGAAGAGAUGAAGAAUGUCAUCCUGGAGGUCAAUGAGAAAGUUCUCAAUGAAAACAUAGUGCAGAGUUUGCUGAAGCUGCUGCCGGAGCAGGAACAACUCGACACAUUAACAGAGCUGAAAGACGAGUACGAGGAGCUGGCUGAGUCUGAACAGUUCGGAGUUGUGAUCAGUACAGUGAAGCGUCUGAAGCCCCGUCUGACAGCCAUCCUCUUCAAGCUCCAAUUCGAGGAGCAGGUGAAUAACGUCAAGCCGGACGUAGUUGCGGUGACGGCCGCCUGCGAGGAGCUUCGGAAGAGCGAGGGCUUCGCCAAACUGCUGGAGAUCACGCUACUGCUGGGAAACUUCAUGAACGCAGGAUCGCGUAACGCCAAAGCUUACGGAUUCAGCAUCAGUUACCUGUGCAAGUUGAGAGACACUAAAUCAGCUGAUCAGAAACAGACUCUACUGCACUUCCUGGCGGAAAUAUGUCAGGAGCAAUACCCUGAGGUCAUGACCUUCCCAGAGGAACUCAUCCACGUGGAGAAAGCCAGCAAAGUGUCGGCAGAGACGCUCCAGAAGAAUAUAGAUCAGAUGGGAAAGCAGAUUAAAAGCCUGGAGAAAGACAUUGAGACAUUCCCCCCUCCGCAGAGCGACAAGGACAAAUUCGUGGAGAAAAUGACCAGUUUUGUAUCGACGGCUCAUGAGCAGUUUGAGAAGAUUCAGCUGAUGCACGAGAACAUGGAGAAGCAGUAUGAGGAUUUGGGCAAGUACUUUGUGUUCGACCCUAAGAAGAUGAGCCCAGAAGAGUUAUUCGGUGACCUCAACAACUUCAGGAACAUGUUUCAGCAAGCGGUGAAAGAGAACCAGAAACGGAAAGAAGCGGAGGAGAAGAUUCGUCGAGCCAAACUGGCACGAGAGAAAGCGGAAAAAGAGAAAGAGGAGAAACAGAAGAGAAUGAACGCUGGACAGAUACUCAACAUCAAUGAUGAUGGAGAUGAGACUGGUAUCAUGGACGGUCUGUUGGAGGCGCUGCAGUCUGGAGCUGCUUUCAAGAGGAAGAGAGGACCACGACAAGCAGCCAACAAUCGGAGAGGAGCCGGUCAGGCCGUGACGAACCUUCUCGCCAAAGAGCUUCUUCAGGAAAACCCCCCGCCCAGUUCCACGAAAAAGACCCGAUUGGACACGGAGGACAGGAAGGAGUCGUCUCCGGAGGACACGGGCUCGCUGGAGGAUCUCUUAGAUGACGCUCCAUUACGGUCAAAUUAAGGACUUCCUCUGCUGAUCCUGCUGGUUAAAAGACAGAAUGUGUUUUGGGGACCAAGUCUGCGAGGGCGGGGCUCUCGCUAAACCACACCCCCUCGAGUAAUCGCAUACGGCUUUUUUAUUGGCCGUCACACUGGAUGAGAGGUCUCAUCUUGUCACUGUCUCACUCAUUUUGUCAUUUUCUAGCACUCUCGCUCUACACACAAGAUUACAUCCGUGCAUCUCUCUCGUCUGCUUUUUGCAAGAUCCCAAAGAUUUGUAUAUAGAUUCCAGAAUGUCCCAUUCCAUUCAUAAUUUACCUCUUUUCUCCUGGUUCCUUUUUUAAAACACCAGCUCUGCUUUGUUUUGUUCUGUUCUUGACUUUGAAACAUAUCACGUGGCUGAAUGUUUGAAAUUAGUUACGUCGUUGUUCUCGAAACGCACAGUGCCAAUAAUGUUUACCCCAUAAACGCAUGUUUGGUUGGUGUGUAUUUGAGGUGUUUUCACUGAGGUUCUGUAGCCCGUCGCAAGAGUUAAAGAAGGUCUGGUACCUGUUCACGAGAUUAGUUCUCUCUUCCUGUGCUCUUCUGUUUCUGGAUACUUCAUUUUGUCAUUUUAAGUGAAUCAUGUUGUUUAAAUCUCAAAACGUGGGCCUCCUUCAUUCAUAAAAACAUUACUGCAUUGAUUUAAAUGUAACAAUAUAUGCAAAAAUGGUUCAGUUUAGAAUCGAUAAAUCAUUCGUAAAACAUGAAUAAGUUGUUGCGCUGAGUCGAAUGCAAUAAAUGACUUCACGACUGUUUUAUAAAAUAAUUGUGUUUGUUAAUGCUGCACUGCCUAAACAUUCGGUUUUGUGAAUGGCAGCAGUCAGUUUUUGUGUUUUUCCAGAAACAGCCGUGAUGUGUUUUCGUGUUUGUGAAGCGCUGUAGUCCAUCUACCGUUUUCUGCACACUGAAGAUCCAAACUGCUGAUAGUGUCGUUUCACCAUCACAAGAUAGAUCAAUGUCAUGUGCAUGUUUUAACUUACUGCCAGACAGCGAGUAAAACUCUGGCGUGAACUGUAAAAUACAAAAAUUUUAAGGGCGAAACUAACAUUGACGGGACCUAUGGCAUUUAUUUCUCUGAUAAACGGUUUGAUCGAGCCAAAUGCGAGGGACUGUAGCAGAGCACUUCUGUCAUUGGUGCUGAAAUUUCUGCACUUAGAUUUAUUGAACUGGAGUCAUUUUCUUUGCAGUCUUCACAAAACGGUGGUCAAAUGUUCCUGUCUUCUAAAUUGUCAGAUCCCCAACAGAUACGGUUUAACAAGUCGACCUUUAAGACUGUUCUUGAGUCAUAAACUGAGUUUGUGUUGGUGACACGGGGAAAUAUGACCUCAAGAGUUUCAGCUUUGCAAUAUGACUUACCUGAAUGUUGAUGUUGGCUGAAUGUUUGAGGGUAGAGAUCACUGUUUAAAGCCAUAGCUCUGACUGCGUUUGUCAAGAAAUCCUGAGAAAUUGUCUUCCAUUAUUAUCCUAUAUUAAAAGGUGUAUCUGCAUUUAUGUAAUGUGUGUAAAAGUUUUGGCAAUGAUUAAGUGCUGCCUAGACCACCAACACGUCUGAAAGAGCUCGAGAACGUUAUGUGCUUUUUCCCCCCCAGAGUUUUUGAAGCCAAAUUUCCAAUUUUUGAAUUUUUGUAUACUGCAAUUUUGGAGACCUGCAAGCCAACAGAUUCUGCCUAAAGGCCGAUACUGAAGGUUGUGCAAGUAUACAGUUUCACUUUCUUGAAAAAGCUGGAUAAAGAUCACUGGAAAAAACAAAGAGACUUUGCGUUUUCUUUGUUUUGAUGUUUUUUAUGAACAGUUUUCUUUGUCAUUUUUAUUGUUGAUUGUUUUACUGUAAUAAUAUAGAGAUUGUAUUGGUGAGAUCCAUUUGGUCAAAUUGUGUAUAUUGCGUUUUGACUGUAGAGAUGUUAUUAUGGUUAUCUCUAAAUCCGCACCAUUAAAAUAUCUUCUUUAAUGCUUA